AGGUUAUUUCGCCACUUCAGAUCUAUGUCGUGUUUUACCAAAUAGUGAAGCUUUGAAAACAUGGCCAGCGGAUAUUUAUUGGAUGAAAAUGAAUUUAACUGGGAUUUGCUAA